UAUUGAUGUAAUUAUUUUCCACUAUAAAAACCCAAAAAAAUAAUAUCACCAGUUAGAGAAACAAUAAUCACAAGUCUUAUGGAGACGAUUGAGCAACAAAGACAUUCACUCUCUUCUUUGCCUAUGCUCUCUAGGCUUGAACACUUAGAUUUCGUUAUAAAGAAUCUAGAGAGACAACAAAACCUUUCGAAAUGGAAAGAUGAAAGCGCGUCUACCACACGUGGAUUAAUUGAUAGAGGCACGGCGAUUAGAGAAGCAUAUUUCAAAGGAUCGUUACUAGAUCGAAUCGCAGCUUUGGAGACCAGACUUUUUCAGAUAUGUUUGGAGUUGGAAUCGAGCAGUGCAUCUUCUACCUCAACUGGAGGGUCCGGUGAAACAUCAAGCCAAAGGAUUAAGAAGGAUUUGACAAAGACAUUACCUAUUUUCAGUAGCAACGUUAAUCCUUUUCAUGUUCCCUUACAACAUCCACAAGACCCUCGGGACAUGGAGGAGAAGAUUGAGGAAGAGAAAGAUGAAGAGAUAAAUCUAGAGAAGCCAUUACUCGAGAAGAAGAAGAUUAAGAAGAAUGAUGCUAAUGAAACUUGCAAAUCAAAGAAGAAGAAGAAGAAGAAGAAGAAGAAGAAGAAGACAAAUUCUCCCAAGAAGUGGUGUCGUUUUAGCUUGUUGGGCUGCUAAUUUUAUGUUAUCCCAAAAUUUCCUAGACUAUGCUUUAUCUCGUAUUUGUUUUAGAUCUAAGUUUUUCUUUAUUCAUCAAACUUUAGGAUUAAUAUCUAUCUUUUCUUUAAACAUCUUUAAUACCAGAUGUGCUCGGGUUUUGACAUGAUCGUAGCAAACAAAUGGAUUUAUAAAUAUUGUUAGCAAGUAA